AUGAUACCGACACUGAUAGCUCUGAUAUGUCUCUGUCCUAUGACAGUCCUCUCUGCAGACACCCUAGGCAUAAAAGAUGGAUUCACGACAUUCAGCACCGGGACAUUCACCAUGAUGCUCGUCAAGGACUCUCAGACCCUAUACUCCUUGACGCCCACCAAUUCCAGCUUCGAUUUCAUGCCCUCUGAUUACAUGGCACAGCGCGCGGAUAAUGGACAGAACCAUGUUGGCGACAUAAAUAUACGCGCUCGACCCAGCGGCACGUCAGCAUGGACUGAUAUUAGUUCUGUGACCCAACGAAGCUCGGUAACAGCCCUGAAUGUUUCGGGAACGACCCUUGCCGCAGCAAAUCUUGCGCCUACCCUCAAUUCAACAUUGCUCGAUGUCACGCGUAGCUGGGUAGUCGAGGACGGGAUUCUGCAACUGAGAUUCAACAUCUCGAACCCGCAGAGCCAGGCAGUUGAGAUAGGUGCCUUGGGUGCGCCUCUGGAAUUCAACAGCAUCUUCACUGGUCGCACCACAGACGAAACCAACAACGAAUGCAGCCUCAUAGAUCCAUACAUCGGUCAGGAUGCAGGCUUCGUGCAGGUUACUCCCCUUCUAGGAAUCCUUCCCCCCCUCGUUCUCGUCCCGGCUGCCUCGUCACCCUUCGAAGGUUGGCAUUUCCUUCCCGAGGUCUACAGCGACUCGAGUUACGAUUACCAAUCACAGACCUUUGAAGGAUAUUACGAAUGGCAGUUCCAUACGUUAGCCUUUGCCCAGAAUGAGUGGGCCUCCGUCACUCCCUGGAAUGCUCCGACGUCAUUCACUCUUCGACCUGGACAAUCUCGUACAUACGGCCUUAAAUUCAUCCUCGCAGACACCAUUCGCGGCAUUGAAAACACCCUCAUUCAUGCCGAUCAUCCUGUUGCAGCUGGUGUUCCGGGGUACAUUCUCCCAACUGACCAGACCGGAAAAUUAUUCCUCAACUAUCGCUCUGCAGUGUCGUCCAUCUCUGUCUCUCCUUCCGGUGCUCUAUCUUGGACAUCUAAUUCAGAUGCGAAGACAACUGGUUGGAUUGGUUACAAUAUUACCCCGCAUACGUGGGGUCGAUCAAGGUUGUCCAUCACAUACGCAGACGGCACACUGCAAACAAUUAAUUACUAUGUCACCCGUGACGCCGUCCAAGUGCUGAGUGACCUCGGUAAUUUCCUUACUACAGAACAGUGGUUUGAUGACUAUAGCGAUCCAUUUGGACGCGCACCGUCAGUGAUCAGUUAUGAUCGAGAGGUGAAUGCAAUCGUGAAGGAUGAUCCGCGUGCAUGGAUCCCAGGUCUUAGCGAUGAGGCUGGUGCUGGAUCAUGGCUUGCGGCUGCGAUGAAGCAGUAUUUACAGCCGAAUGCUGCCGAAGUGGCCAAGAUGGAGCAGUUCAUGACCCAGCUAGUUAAUGGAUUAUUGCAGAAUGCGAAUGACACUGUCAAAAAGUCGGUCUAUUACUAUCAACCUGCCUUGGUGCCGAGUUACAAUUACCCGACAACCAUUGACUGGGGAAACUGGUGGUCGUGGAACAGAGCGGAGUCUUAUGACACCAGCCGAGGUUACGACUAUGUCCACGUCAUAGCUGCUUACUGGGCCAUGUACCGCGUCGCGAGGAAUUACCCAGCCCUUGUCUCCGUGCAGAAUUCGACUUGGUAUCUUGACCAGGCACUAGCUGUUGUUACGAAGCUAACGGAUGGAACAGUGGGCUAUUGGGAAGAUGGCUUGAUGGGCGAAACAGUAUUGAGUUUCCUGUUGGAUGAUCUUACGAGGGAAGGGAGGACGGAGGACGCGUCACUUUUGACGAGUAGGAUGCAGGAGCGGUUCAACGUUUGGUCUACGCAGGAGUUCCCUUUCGGCUCGGAGAUGGCUUGGGAUUCGACCGGCCAAGAGGGAGUUUAUCUGUGGAGCAAAUAUUUUGGCGGAACGGCCUUGGCAACAAGGACACUGAACUCGAUCCUUGCGUAUCAGCCUCUCAUUCCGCACUGGGGAUACAAUGGAAAUGCGCGACGGUACUGGGACAACAUAUAUGGAGGAAAGCUUCAGCGCAUCGAACGGCAGAUCCAUCAUUACGGCUCUGGUCUAAAUGCGCUCCCACUGAUCUCAGAGUUCACGACAUCCCCAACAGACUACUUCCUUCUUCGACUCGGUUUCGCUGGUCUCUCCGGUCCAAUGUCAAACAUUGACCAAGGCGGAUUCGCAUCAGCGUCAUUCCACUCAUGGGAAGACACACUCAAAUGGGACGCGUACUCUGGUGAUUACGGUCCAAACUUUUCCGGGCAUUCGAUGGGUAUUGGGAUGUACCUCAUCGAACAUCCAGAUUUCGGCUGGCAGGCAUUCGGCGGGACCGUGACGUCGUCCUCUUCCACGGCUGUGAAGGUCCAAGUCAAGGAUUCUGGAAGGAGGAAGGUGUUCAUUGCCCCGAUUGCUGCGAUGCUGAAACUGGAUGCUGGAGCGUUCACUGCAGUGACAUAUAACCCGUCGACGCACACGGUUGUGAUUACUAUUGCCAAUGCAGCUGGAUCAGGAGCCGCGGCGCCGAAUGGAAGAUUGGUGGUGAGCCAGACUGUAAGCGGCCAGGGUGGUGUUGGGAUGCUGACUCCGACAAAGAGUCCGAGCAUAGAUGCAGGAGCUUAUACAAUUCCAUUCAGUGAUAAUAGUGCGACUGUGACAUUAUCGCCGUGA